CACGCACUCACUCACACGCCCACAGACACACACAGAGCCACACACACAGACACACACACUCCCAGCGAGCUGUCAGUCCUCCGCUCCACGCUGCUCCAUCCUGCGCUCUCCUCUCCGGAGCUCCGUGUCGGUCAGGGACCAGGACCAGGACCAGGACCAGGACCAGGACCAGGACCAGGACCAGGACCAGGACCAGGACCAGGAUCAGGACCAGGACCAGGACCAGGACCAGGACCAGGACCAGGACCAGCACCAUGGCCUCCCAGGCCAUCGAGCUGAUGCAGCUGUCCGAGGAGCAGGUCAAAGUUCUGGAGGAAUGUUUUAAAGGCUGUCGCUACCCGGACGGGACCACGCUGAUGCUGGUGGCCGCAGAAUGUGGACUGUCCGAGGAGGACACACUGGUCUGGUUCAAGCAGCGGAACGCCAAGUGGCGGCGGGCGGAGGGUCUUCCUGCCGAACACGGCUCGGUGCUGGACUGAGACGUCCCGACCUCUGAGCUGACCUCUGAGCUGACCCCGCUGACCUCGGACCAGAAGACCUCCCCUCCUCUUCCUCGCUCCCCUCCUCCUCCUCGCGUCCACCUCUCUCUUUUGUACCCAUGAAGCUCUUUUAACUUACAGAAUGUGAAGGUGUUUGUGUGUUGUUGCCAACGAUCUAACCGCCAUGUUUACAGAAAUAAACAUUAUUGUUAUUAUAAGUUAAA